GUGAGUCAUCCAGAGCCAUGUAUUUGAGAUGGGCAGUCAUAUAAAUGUAAUAAAUAAUAAGUUUGCAAUCCUAGUUAUAUUUAGGCUGGUUAUUAAAAGAUGACAGAUGCAUUCCUGUUGAUGUCGUUUGCAGGGAAGAUAGGGAAGGUUAAAGUUGUAAGCAAAAUAGCUAGAUUGCUUGAUGCAGAAAACAAGAUUUUCUAAUAAUGGGUAGCUUUGUAAAUGAAGAACAGAUUUUGAGGAUAGGAAGAUUUCCCUGCAAGGCGUGCUGAUGAUACAUUAUAGUUCAAUUAUCCCCUGCCCAAUAUGUAGAUUGCAACUAGUCUUCAUUAUUCCUCCCUGAAAUUUCUGGGGCUCUUUCUUUUCAUUUGUUCAAACACUGUUUCUUCAAAAGAGAGGGAAGCUAUCACUGAAAUUGAAAGUCUGUCGUUUUUUCUUUCCUAUCUCUUUAAAAGAAAACAACAGUUCUUGCUCAACUUCAGAAAUACUUCAUUUUUUUCCAAAAGGUAAUAGAAAUAUUGCACCUUUUCAGCAAAAUCAUAGCCAUGCUUCAUCAGAAAUUCAAACAACUAUAUUCAAGGAAUUCUGCCCCUGCUUUGUAAAUUCAGCCUUUUUGGAAAGGUGAUAAACUGUUUAACAACUGGAUACACAAAAAGUAAUAAAGGAGGAACAUUUUCUGUGUUAGCCAACUUCCCCAAGGGUAACUGCUCUAACUGUGCCUCAGUUAUAUGAUUUUCUGUACAAGCCUGCUGAAAUAUAGUUUUCCCUUUUUAGUUUGUUUUUUAAGAGAAAAAAAACAAACAAAAAAGAAAAAAGAAAAACAAAUGCCGAACGGAAUUCAUGGGCUGAUUAACAAGAAAAAAGUCCAAAUCGUCUGCAAAAUUAAGUGAAUGAGAUGAACAGACCAAAUGCAGAAUAAAUGCCUAGUUUGGCAACGCUAAAAUUAAGUUUUGUCUGGAAAGAAUGAACAGUAUUAUUUACUGGUACUGCUGUGUGGUGUCCAUCCGGUACCUUUUGAUAUAACCACUAAAUGGUUUGGCGAUUAGUAACAGCAAAAAUAUGAAAGCAGAAGUCUUGUUUUGUUGAGAAUCUCUAUUCCCAACAUAUUUCCAAAUGCUUGCCAGCUGUUUUGCUGAAUGUUUUUAAGACAGUACAGUGUAGCCAAUAAAGUCUGUGUUGGAAGGAGAGAGGUCUGUAUCACAGUAUGCCAGAUUUUUGUGUGUGUUUUUUUAAUCCAAUAUUUGUUCACGUCUUUCCUCUGUCUUUCUCUCUCCUCUUCCUGAACACAGAUCAGCCUAAGCCAAAGAUUAAACUACCGUAUGCAAAAAGAUUGCAUUAAGAAAACGCCGUCGUUUUCUGCAGUGACGCGUCGUACGGCAGGAACUUUAGCCUUAGGAGACAAGGGCCCGUGCGGACCAAUCUCGGCGUAACACACCUCCCAACUCGGUCCGUGCUGAAAAUCUGACAAAAGCAGGCAAAAGGAGAUCGCGGAGGCGCACGUCAUCCUUGCCAAGGCGUGGGUGAAAUGUAGGGGGCGCUGUGGAGGACUUUGGAGGACGACCAAUGGAAGGGAGGAAGAGGCGACGCUCAGCGGGCGAGUAGACGAGGGCGGCUCAAGUUAAUGCUCGCGCCGCGACGGCGGAACAGAGAGUCGGAGACCGCGAGCGGGGAAGGGCGGGCGAGCGGGCGAGCAGCUGCCCGGUAGAAGCGGCGGCGGUGGCUGAGCGGCGCGGGAUCCUGUCUUGAGCGGGGAAGACACCUAAGAGGGGAAUAUGCUGGAGGUAAAACUAUGAAGAAGUAGCAGAAAGAAUAAUAAUGUUUUUCCGAAAUCGUUUUCUGUUUCUGUUGGCUUUAGCUGCCUUAUUAGCCUUUUUGAGCCUUAGCCUCCAAUUCUUACAUUUGAUUCCUGUUAACCCAAUUAAAGACGAUGGUCUGCAUUCCAAGAAUCGAAAGAGAAUAAUGCCUAAUCCACUAACAGAGCCACCUGCUAUUGAUCCUAUUUAUGAAGCCCAGUUUUAUUGUAAUGUUCCCAGCAUCCCUGAACGCAGUAUGGAAGGUCAUGCACCUCACUAUUUUAAAUUGAUAUCUGUUCAUGUACUAAUUCGCCAUGGAGACCGAUAUCCUUUAUAUGCCAUUCCCAGAACAAAACGUCCAGACAUUGACUGUACAUUAUUGCCUAACAGAAAGCCUUCCCAUCCUCUGCUUGAAGCUUUUAUUAGCCAUAUGUCUAAAGGAUCAGAAGCCCAAAUGGAUGGCUCUUUGAGCAGUGUGCCUCGUUAUCCAAGCCAUUCACUGUGUGAAAUGGGAGAGCUGACACAGACAGGAAUCGUACAACACCUACAAAACGGACAACUGCUACGUGAUAUCUAUAUAAAGAAGCAUAGCUUGCUACCCACUGACUGGACAAGUAAACAUUUGUAUUUGGAGACGACUGGGAAAAGUCGAACUCUACAAAGUGGACUAGCAUUACUCUACUCUUUUCUACCAGAAUUUGAUUGGAAGAAAAUUAACGUUAGGAACCAAUGGAGCACAAUUUUUUGUUCUGGACACUGUGAAUGCCAGAGAAGAAACCAUUACUUGGAGGAAGAGCAACGUCGUCAGUAUAGUCUGCGAGUGAAAAACAUAGAUUUGGAAAAGACAUACGCAGAUAUGGCCAGAAUAGUUGGCAUUCCCACACGACAGUUAAGAGCUUCUAAUCCCAUUGAUUCUAUGUUGUGCCACUUCUGCCAUAAUGCCAGCUUUCCCUGUACUAAGAAUGGUUGCAUUGCCAUUGAGCACUUCAAAGUAAUCAAGAAACAUCAACUUGAAGAUGAAAAGGAGAGGCAGAAAAAGAAAUAUUAUUAUUUGUAUGCACUACUGGCCACUCAUCCAAUCCUUAACCAAACAGUCAAUCGGAUGCUAAGGAUUGCAGAAGGCAAGAAAGAAGAAUUAUUUGUUCUUUACUCUGCUCAUGAUGUUACCUUGUCACCUGUUCUUAGUGCCUUAGGCAUCACUGGGGCCAAGUUUCCAAGAUUUGCUGCUAGACUAGUCUUUGAGCUGUGGAGAGAUGAAAAGAAAUAUAAAAAAAACUUUAUUCGUAUUCUUUACAAUGGGGUUGAUGUUACAUUCCAAACUUCCUUCUGCCGGGAUUUUGACAAGUAUUUUGGCAAGAUGAUGUGUCCUUUAGAGAAAUUUGUCAAUUUUGUUAAACAGGACAUGUUUUCACCUUUUAAUACCACUAGUUACUACGAAGCAUGUCGCAGAAGACCAUUCUAAACAAAGGAGGAAUAAAGUAUUUCAUUUUGCAUUGUCAAAAGGUCUGUCUCUGAGGAAGCUUGAUAUUGUCAAAGUCUUGUGUGCCUAAGUGCAAAUGAAUAUAGCUUGAAAUUAUUUUAUUUUUGCCAACAUUCAUUCUAGAUUAAUUUAAAAUGUCAUAUCCCAUUAUUAGUCCCAGCAUUACAAAAUCUAUUUUCUUUAUGCUCAACAUAAUUUGUCUCAUAAUUGAUGUAAAACAGACAUUGCUUGAGUAACUGAUUGCAUAUAUUCUGAUUACUUAGCAUUCUACUGCAAAGGUUGAAACAUGAAAACAAAUACUAACAAUCUCAGUAAUUGUACCAGAAAGUAUUUCUUCAUUUCACAAAUCCAUUCUUAUAAUCAGUUAUUCUUAAAGAAUUAAAAAAAAAAGCAGCCAUUAGAAGAGAGAAAAAGAGAUGCUUGAUUCAAAUGCUUUUUGCACACAAGGUUCUGGGUACACUUGAUCUUAAGCUAUUUGCUUCAUUUAUAUUAUAGAUUGAGUGAAGAUUGUUCCUUUAAGAUGGGACAGUAAUAUUUCAUAGCACUUGGAACAUGUAGAAAAUCUCAAUGCCUGUAAUCAGUGACUUUUUGAGGAGCACCAGCAUUUUAAAAAGUACCUUGUACAUGACCAGUAUGGAUCAACCUACAGAAGCUAUGUAAGAUUCCAUUCACAAUACAUUACAGCCGCCUUGUUCAAUUCCCAGCAUGUGAAAGCAAUUUUUGUUAGAAAUCAUCAUGCCAUAUACAAAGCAGCCCAUAGAUUAUAUGGAAAGAAAAAAAAAUCUGUUUUUGCACUUUUAGCACUUUAUGUGUACUUUGAACACUAAUUACAAGUUGUGCCAGAUGCUAGAAAAGGAUUCAAAAGUAAAUAUAGAGAUAGAUAUGAAGAAAAGUCUUUACAUCUUUUAAUCCACUUCUUUAGAAUCUAUUUAUCUGUUGAAAUAAUAUGUGCUGUGAAAAAAGCGGUGUGUUUACUGUUUGGCUGCAUAUGACCAAAAGACAAUUUAACAUAAUGCUUAAUUUUGUAGUCCCUUUAGUACUUUUAUAGACUAGGGAAUGCAUUUUAUAAACUAAACCUUGUUUUUUACAUUAUAGUGACCUGUUUUCUACUUUCUUUGUAAAGGGAUGCCAAAAGUUGUGUUUCAGACAAUAAUCUUUUAGCCUUGGUACUUAGAUUCAUGGGGAAAAAAAUCUUAUGAAUAAUCUUACUUGAUAAAUUGUUAAUGCAAAAAUGAACAACUCCAUUUUAAAAUGUUUUCAUCAUACAAUAUUUUUUAAAAACCUGGAAAUGUUACAUUUUGUAAUGUUAAUAACUUGUACAUACCCAGAAACCAUAAUUUAGUGUAUGAUUUAAGAUAAAAUGGUGCUAGCAGUUAAAACAAGCUGUGAUUUCUAAUCAAGCUUUACUGACAUUUCAGCAUCAUUUUGACAAUGAUACAUUUAGAUGUUUCUAUAAAUAAAAGUUUGAAGAAUUUUUAGUGGUAGUGGUUCUUCAAUGCCAAUCUAUCUUCAUGUAGUGCUGGGUUUAUUUUUGUUUUUUGGUUUAAGUAGAAAUGCUGGUUCUUUUGCAGGAAUAUUACAUAUUCAUUCUGUGCCAGUAGAUGUUAAACCUAAUCCAUUUGUACUGAAGUUAAAUUCAUUUUAUGAAAAAUGUAACUGCAAAAAAGCUCCAAAUGUGAUUAUUAUCAGAUUUGUAGAAAUUACAUAACUAACAGCCUUCAGAAAACAAUC